UGAUGAGGAGAAGUUGCUGCAAAUGAUUUUGAAACCUACUGGCGAGGAUGUUGAUCAUCUUUCCACUGUUGCUGUUGUUGGAAUUGGAGGACUUGGCAAGACAACUAUAGCUCGGAGGCUAUAUGAUCAUGAGAAUGUUAACGCGAAUUUUGGCGAGAAAAGUUGGAUUUGUGUGUCUGAGGAUUUCAAAGUUGACAGACUUUUGAAUGAGAUGGUUGAAAAUCUUACAUCAUCCAAAUGUGACUUGACAAACACUGGUGGAAUUACAAAAAAACUUGGAAGUACUGUUGAAGGGGAAGAAAUUCUUUCUGGUGCUUGAUGUUUGGGAAGACAAUCAAGACUCAUGGAAUUCCUUCAAAAAUGCAUUGCUGAGUAUUGGCGAUCUAUGUGGUUGUGUAAUUUUGAUUACCACCCGCAGCAUUGACGUCGCAGAGAAAGCACGUGCCUUCUAUCAACAUAAAUUGCCAGGUUUAUCUGAAGAUGAAGGAUGGGCUAUGUUACAACAAAGAGUUUUUAGUGAGACAUGUCCAUAUGAUACUUCUUUCAAUUAUGUUGGGAGAAGAAUUGUUAACAAGUGUAAAGGUGUUCCUUUGGCCAUAAAAGCAAUCGGUGGCACAUUGCAGUCAAAGAAGCACGUGUAUGAAUGGGAAUUGAUUGAGAAUAGUGAACAAUGGGAUUUUCAACCAGGAGAUAUAAAUGAUAUCCUUCCAUCAUUAAUAUUGAGCUUCAACCAUUUGAAUCAUGUGUACGUUAGGCAAUGUUUUGCAUAUUGCGCAAUCUUCCCUAAAGAUUUUAAUAUGAACUAGCAUCAAUUCAUUAAUCUGUGGUUGACACAAGGUUUUCUUCAUGAUAAAUCUGCAACUAGCAGCUCCACUUUGACAAUGGAAUUGGUUGGUGAGACAUAUUUUAAUAUCUUGCUGAAUCAUUCCUUCUUAGAAAAGAAAGAAGGUUAUUACGUUGAUGGAAUAAGGUACAAGAUGCACGAUUUAGUGCAUGAUCUUGCUGCCUACAUUUUAGAGAAUGAAUUGUUGGUCUGGAAAGUUGGAAGCAAACGGGUAGAUUUCUCCCAUGUUCGACAUUUGGUGUUUGAUUUAGCAGAGAAUGAAUCGCCACCUGAAACUUUUUCUCAUUGGUUGACGACAAGAAAGCUAAGAACAUUAUGUUUUCGGGGUAGCGUGCCAAGCUGGAAAAACUUGUUUGGCAGUGCAAGAUUUGUGCGAGUAUUAAUCAUGGAUGAUCUUGGGCUAACAGAGGUUCCAUUUUUUAUUGGGCAGCUUGUUCAUUUAAGGUAUCUUGACCUAUCUUAUAAUGAUUUUGAUAUACUGCCGGCAUGCAUUUGCAAACUUUAUGAGCUACAAACACUUAGAAUAUUUGGUUGCAGUAAACUGGAACCACUACCCAGGGAAUUGCAUAGGUUGGAAAACUUAAGACACAUAUUGACACAAGAUACCCUGUUGGCAUCAACAAGACUACGACAGUUAACUAACCUUCAGACUUUACCUCCCCUUGAGCUGCGUGAUGGUGAAGGAUGGACCAUUGAUGAACUAGGACCUUUAGAUCAACUUAAGGGUGAGGUGAUAAUCAGAGGUCUUCAACAUGUGAAAAACAAAGAAGAAGCAAGACAAGCUGGGCUUGGAAGGAAGGACAAGAUUGUGAAACUACAUUUGCAGUGGCGUGAUGAUAGAGAAGCAGUCUCUCAAGUCAACAAUGAUGAGGAUGUUUUGGAUAGCCUUGAACCUCAUUCUAACUUACAGUCAUUAUACGUGGAUAUGUUCAUGGGUGUGAGGUUUCCUUGGUGGAUAAUGACAGCACAUAUGAAUCUUGUAGAGGUGAGGCUAUUACGUUGCCUGAGAUGCCUAGAGCUUCCUUCGCUUGGGCAACUACCUUUAUUGAGGAUCUUGAUGGUUGGUAUGUUGGAUGAUUUGGAAUGUAUAGGGGAGACAUUUUAUUAAAGUGGACAUAACAACUCUAGUGCCGGUAUUGAGGCCAUUGUGGUUGGGAGUGCAGAAAAAAAGGUAUUAUUUCCAUCUUUACAAGAGCUUCGCAUUAUGACUUGUAAAAGGCUGACCAUGUGGAUGCCAGCAUCACCCUAUAUACAAUCAGAAAUUUUAUUUCCUAAACUUGAAACUCUUGAGAUACAAAGAUGCCCGCAACUUGAAAAGGUACCUUGUUUACAGUUACAAUCAGUGAAGGAUUUGAAACUUGACAAAGUUGGUGACACACAAUCCUUGAAAAUGGAAAAAAUGAAGGUCCUACCUCAAAAGCUGUCAUAUUUUUCAAAGUUGGAGAAUUUGACUGUGAGGUAUUGUGAAAACAUGAAGAGUAUACCCAAUGGCCUGAUGUCCCUUAAGAAAUUGGCGGUACAGAAAUGCCCAUCACUGGCUUGUAUUCCAGAUGACCUCUCUUCUCUGAAUACAUUGGAAAUUCGAGUAUGCCCAUUGCUAGCUUGUAUUCCAGAUGGCCUCUCGUCUCUGCGUGAAUUGAUUGUUAUUGAUUGUGAAGGGUUACAAAGUUUGCCAAAAAGUCUAAAGGAAUGUUCAUCUUUAGAGCUCGUGUGUAUUUGUGAGUGUCCACUGAUUAAGGGUCCCAUCCCAGAUUUGGGCAGAUUGGAGGGACUUGUAAAAUUGUAUUUGAUAAAUUCAGGGGAGUUGAUGAUUCCCUGUCUGCAGUGGAUCCCAAAUCUUCAUAGCCUUUGGGAAUUAAAAAUUGGUGGAUUUGGAAAUACCCCGAAUCUUCCUAAGCUUACGUAUCCCCAUUCCCUAAGGAACCUAUCAUUGCAAGACUUCCCUAAUAUCAAGUUUCUGCAUCAACAAUUCCUCCCUUCUACCCUUCAUUCUCUAGAAAUUUUUAGAUUUGAUGAAUUGGAACAAAUUCCAGAGUGGAUAGGCAACCUGUCAUCUCUUCAGUCCUUGACUUUACUGCACUGCAACAAGUUGAAAUGUCUUCUACCUUUAAAACAUGCCACAUUACAAGCUCUAUAUAUUGCUGACUGCCCACUUUUGACAGAAAGAUGUGCCAAAGACGGUGGAUAUGAAUGGCCUCACAUCUCACAUAUCCCAAAUAUUCAUAUCAGUUAGCAAAAUGGCCUAGCCUCAUUGCUACCG